CCAGGUGAAGAGGAACCUGAAGAAUGGCCAAAUAUGAAUGCGUUAUUUGCCCACGAGGGCUCCACCCACAUUAGACGCCAUUACCCCGACUUCGCCAUCUGGACAAUGCGCGAUGCAUUCGAGGAAAGGCCCGAGCCCGGGGAUUCCUCAUUCGAGGGCAUGAAGGAUCAACAUAUUAUUGCUGCCGCUCAGUACAUUCUUUGGGAUGGACAAGAGCUUUUCAAACACAUUAUUUGCCCUGACCCACAUCAGGAUAUGCAGGGCUGGCAGCCCGGACUGUUAUACUUUGGUGACCACUCGUUCUCCUUGCAGGGGUGGCAAUUCUGGAAAAAAUGGUUUCAA